CCUUACUUCUUACUUUAUAUCUGAAAAAAAAAACAAUUUAGAUCUAUUUAGAUAAUAACAAAAAGAUUGGUGUUUUGUGGUAAAAAUGCUUGAAGUAACAAACAAUGAUGAUAUUGUCGAAGAAAUCGCCGAAUUUGUAACCAUUCAGACAGCGGGAGGUACGUUUUCAACAGAAAGUACAGGUUCAUGUUCAACAGGACGUACUUUCUCAUUAAAAGCAAUAUGCAAUCAAGAAGAAACCUUUUUAAAUAAUAGGCAACGAACUCUUGCUUUAAUAGACCUAUAUAAAAAGUACAAACCUAAAGUAGGUUCAUAUGACAUAAGGUCAAUGAAAAAAUUUUGGGAAAUUGUCGCUACAGACAUUUCCAACCAAUUUAAAAUAACUAUUAGUGCAUCAAAAUGUGAAAACCGAUGGAAAACACUAGAACGGAAUUACAAAAAAGUCAUUGAUAAUAACAAUAAAACUGGGAGAGACAGAAAAAUUUUUGAAUUCGAGAAUGAGUUUGAUACCAUUUAUGGAAAAAAGAAAAAUAUAAUACCCACUGUUUUACUUUCAAGUAACUCUAUUACAACUGCAGCAAACAGAAAUAAUACCAGUAUUUUAAGCAUCACUGAUAAGUCAACAAGCCCUCCACAAUCACCAGUUUUUUUAAAUAUUCCUGAGGAUGACUCUGAAAAUCGUGAAAAUACGGUACAGGUUCAAGAUAAUCAGGAUACCCCUAGAGCUGUUCCAAAUACCCCACAACAAAAAAGGAAACGUGCAGUGAAAAAAAUGACUAAUACCUAUAAAAGAAGAAACGAAAUCUUAUUAGAAAUGAAGAACGACCUACAACAAUAUUACAAGGAAAAAUCAAAUCGAGAAGAGCAAAAACUAGUAUUACAAAGACUGAGACAUGAAGAUCGAUUAAAAAGAACUAGCCUUUUAGAAGCAAUUUUAGAAAAUAGACAACAGGGCCAAUAAGAUGCUGUUUGUUUUGGGUGAUUAAAAUAAUGGGUAAAUAGGUACCUAUUAUUGCAUGUUUGGGGGUAAAAUUCUCUGUUAUUACUUUUGUUUUAUUUACAAGCAUAAGAAUAUGUAUUCUGUUUUUUUUA